UUAUGACAAGUUAUCAGCGAGUAGCAACAAACCAAUUCAGCAUUUCAAACCAGAUCAUCGGGAAAAGAGACCAAGCAAGCUCUCUUAAAAAAAACCUUCUAACCAGGCAAUAUGAGUCUCCUCUCCCGGGAAGGUUUAAAGGAGAUUCUCCAACAACUUGAAUGCCAUUUUACUUGGGAGUUGCAGAAAGAGCAUAUUCAUCCUGAUGAAUUGGAGGAAAGAAUUGCUGAGCAGAUCCGGUUCUUAACCAAUAAAUCCAAAGUUCGAAAUUACAACCUUCUUGCCUAUGUGAAAUUCCUGAACGACAAGAAGGAAGAAGCCCUGGAAAACUUGCAGAAAGCUGAAGAGGCUGUGCCCCUAGAAUACCCUGGGGAGGUUGAAAAGGGAAGCCUGGUGACCUGGGGCAACUAUGCCUGGGUGCACUACCACGUGGGCAAUCUUACUGAAUCCCAAGCCUACCUGGAGAAGGUAGAAAGCAUCUGCAAGCAACUUGGAGGUGAGUCUCCUUAUAAGCUGGAGCUCCCACAGAUCUACUGUGACAAGGGUUGGGCGCUCCUAAAAUUUGGAGCCAGGUAUUAUGAUAAGGCCAAGGAGAGCUUUGAAAAAGCCCUGGUACAAGAACCAAAAAACCCAGAAUUUAACUCAGGCUAUGCUAUCACGGUAUACCGCAUGGAAGAUCAUUUUUCCAAAAACCAUUCAGGGAAAGAGUCAUCCCUGGAACCUUUGAAGCGUGCAGUGGAACUGAAUCCUGAUGAUGUAUUUGUUGUUCCUCUACUUGCAGUAAAUCUCCUAGAAGCAGGCAGAAUGAAAGAAGGAGAAAAGUGGAUUAAAAGAGCCCUCCAAAAGCAUCCUGACGUUCCUUAUGUAUUAAGGUACGCUGCCAAAUUUUACAGAAAGAAAGGAGAUGUAGAGACAUCACUGCAACAUUUGGAGAAAGCAUUGAGCUUGACCCCAAAUGCUGGAUUCUUGUACCAUCAAAUUGGCCUUUGUUAUAGAGCACAGUAUUUCGCGAUGAAAAAGAAAAGCAGGUUUGAUAAAAUGGAGGAAUUGAUCAGAUCGUGCAUUUUUUAUUUUGAAAAAGUGGUGGAGCGUAAACCCAGGUUUUUCUAUGCUAAUAUUGACCUCGCACAGAUGUAUGCAGAAAAAGGACAGCUGCAAAAAGCAGAGGAAACAUACCAGAAGAAGCUCCUUACCAUAAGCAACCUAACUCCCUUAGAGAAGCAACAGCUCCAUUUCAAUUAUGGGCGUUUUCAAGAAUUUUACAGAAGGUCGCAAUCAGAAGCCAUCAAACACUACCUUGCAGCACUGAAGAUUGAAUUCGACUCUUCUGAGAGAGAUAAAUGCCAGUGUAUAUUGAAGAAAUUGAUGGAGAAGAAAAUCAGGAAAGGAGAAGCCAAUGCUGCGGAUUUCGCCAUUCUUGGAUUUAUUCAUCAGCUCAGUGGAGAAAUGGAACAAGCAGGGGAAGCCUAUGAAGAAGCCUUGAACAUUGAUCCUUGGAAUGAAGAAUAUUCCAGUGCAAUUUUGAAGUUGAAUCUUCUUCGUAAACCAACAUAUGCUUAAGUGGGAAUGUUUCAUGAAUACUGGUUUUAAAAAUGUAUGAGCAGAUGUUGUCAAUCUGCUUACUCCAUUUCAAUAUUUCAUUUUGCAGAAUAGAAUAGAAUAGAAUAGAAUAGAAUAGAAUAGAAUAGA